GCAACCAAUACGCAAAUUCACCUCACAUCUUUUCCCAAAAAAAUGGAAGAAAAUCAGACAAACAAACCACCACGAGUUGUAAAAUAUCGUCGAUGGCAUUGUCCAGUAUGUGAUAUAUUUACUAAUUCCUAUAACCAGUUUAAUCAACACCUCGAGGGAGUUGGACAUCGACACAAAAUAAUGAGCAGAAGUAGUAAAAGCAACAUCACCCAUGAAGAACAAGAAUGUGACAUUGGAUUUUACGUUUUAGCAUUUAUUCAAGUGAUCAUAACUUCUUUUAUAUUAUUUUAUGGUUUAAUCAAAUUUUGUAAUUAAUUUAUAAUAGUUAAUAAAUUACAUAUGCUGUAAUUAUCAUUAAGGGUGCCUUAAAUUUCGCGCCACAGUUUUAAUUGGCGGAGAAGUCGUCCCCAAGCGUUCACGGCUUCUAUGCGCACGAACGAACGCGCAGAACAAUGAGGUAGCAGCCAUUUUAUGUCGGUGCCCAAGAAAAACAUAAUUCGAAUGGCCAAUCUUAACGAAAUUGUGUAAUUAGUGCUCUAAUUUAUGUGUUUCUGCACACGCCACUAUUUUUAGGUGUUUCGUUACUUGACAGGUGGUGGUUGAGGAUGGGGCCGCCGGCGAGUCGCCAUUAGUUUCCCGGCACACUGGGGCGUGGGCGUCGGGGGUGUGGCACGGGGCGUGGGGGUCCCCGUGCCGCCCCCCGGCGACCUACUCGCCACUAUAUCCAUGUUUGAGCAGCAGAUCAAGGCAGAGCCUAUGAGUUUUUACACACACCCCCAUGUGAACACCGGCCCCCCGACAAUAGUCCGCUCCGACUCUACCCACGGCAUCAUUAGCAUGAAUCCUCACCACCAGGAGGACUCGAAGGACAGUCUCUCAGUUCAACAACAAGUACAGCAUCAGCAGGAGCUGAUGGAACAGCACCAACAGCAGGAGCUACAUCACGACGAUGAAGUAGAUAAUUUGAGCUUCAAAGGUAUGGAAGACGAAGGUGUCGAAAUGGAUAUGGAUGGCCGGCAAUGUUCUCAGGGUAUGGGAGUUGACAUGGGAUCAGUUCAAACUAAAAUGGAAGUCUCAAAUGGACAAGGAAUACCGCGGUCUAAGCCGCAAGCCUGUAAGGUUUGCGGUAAGGUCUUGUCGUCGGCUUCAUCGUAUUAUGUCCACAUGAAGCUACAUUCAGGGAAUAAACCCUUCCAGUGCACGGUUUGCGACGCAGCAUUUUGCCGCAAGCCGUACCUUGAGGUACACAUGCGCACGCACACAGGCGAGCGGCCGUUUCAGUGCGACCUAUGUCUUAAACGCUUCACGCAGAAGUCCAGCCUUAACACGCACAAACGCGUCCACACCGAUGAGCACAUGCGCGCUUUGAUGGUGAAGGAGCGGCCCUACAAGUGUGAGCUCUGUCAGAUGCGCUUCACGCAGAGCUCCAGCCUCAACAGACACAAGAAAAUACAUACGGAGGAGCACAGACGAGCCCUGUUAGAGAAAGUGCGGCCGUACCAGUGCCACAUCUGUUUUAUGCGCUUCACUCAGAAGUCCAGCCUGGGCCGACACGGAAAGAUACACACCGAGGAGCACAUCCAAUCGCUGAUCAACAAAGUGCGCCCCUAUCAAUGUGACAUCUGUGACAAGCGGUUCACGCAGAAGUCCAGCCUUGGCACUCAUAAACGUAUACACACCGGCGAGCGGCCCUUCCAGUGCACCGUCUGCCUCAAGUCCUUCACGCAGAAGUGCGCGCUCAAUUUGCACGAAAAGAUACAUACGGGCGAGCGGCCCUAUCAGUGCGACGCGUGUCUCAAGCGCUUCACGCAGAAGUCCAGCCUCAAUAUACAUAAACGGACACACACAGUCCAGGGCAGACCGUUCCAGUGCCUGUCGUGUCCCGCCGCCUUCACCUGCAAGCAAUACCUGGAGAUACAUACGCGCACUCACACCGGCGAGCGGCCUUAUCAGUGUGACAUCUGCCUCAAACGCUUCACGCAGAAGUCCAGCCUGAACAUCCACAAGCGGACGCACUCAGUGCAGGGCCGGCCCUUCCAGUGCCUGCAGUGCCCGGCCGCCUUCACGUGCAAGCAGUACCUCGAGAUACACAACCGCACCCACACCGGCGAGCGGCCCUACCAGUGUGACGUCUGCCUCAAGAGAUUCGCGCAAAAGUCUACAUUAAACAUACACAAACGAACGCACACAGUGCAAGGGCGGCCGUAUCAGUGCAUGGAGUGCCCGGCGGCGUUCACUUGCAAGCCGUACCUGGAAAUACACAUGCGCACGCACACAGGCGAGCGGCCCUUCGAGUGCGAUGUCUGUUACAAACGCUUCACGCAGAAAUCUACACUGAACAUUCACAAGCGAAUUCAUACCGGGGAACGUCCAUAUGCAUGUGAUAUUUGCCAAAAACGGUUCGCGGUGAAGAGCUAUGUAACAGCGCACAGGUGGUCGCACGUGGCGGACAAGCCGCUGAACUGCGAGCGGUGCUCGAUGACGUUUACAUCUAAGGCGCAGUUCGCGCUCCACAUCCGCACCCACUCUAGCGGGCCGUGCUACGAGUGUAGCGUGUGCGGCCGGACCUUCGUGCGCGACAGCUACCUCAUACGACAUCACAACCGCGUGCACCGCGAGAACCACAGCAACAUGUCCGCGAACAGCAUCGGCACCAUCAACAGUGUCAACGCCAACAACUCCAACAAUGGCAACUACGACUCGCCCGGCGUAUGCGAUCUCAGUUUUGUUCCGAUGGUGAAUCGCUACAUGACGUCUCAGGGCACGCAGGUGUCGAUGCAGGACACACAAAGUAAGAUGUCCGCGAUGUCACCGCAGUCGAUUGCCUCGAUGUCGUCCCCGCCGCCACCGCACACGCCCACACCGCAGCCGUCGAUGUCAAUGCGCCACGCUGAAUGAUCCGCACUUCAACUUUUUAUAUCCGUCGACUGAUCAGCGAACAACCCGAGUGCAAUAUUAAAAGUGAGGCAGCCACCGAUGGCAGCUAGUUGUUCCCAGAAAGCGCGAAGCAGAGAGCUGGAGCUCUUUAAACGUCCAGCGUGGACUUUUAUACAGAUCAGAAUUUAUUUUAUAUAUUAUUUAUUUAUCCGUUUGGUUUCGUCGGCCGUGACGCGAGCGCAUUGGAGUGGAGUGGAGUGGAGUGAAGUGGAGCGGAGCGGAGGACAGGUGGAAGGCAGCAACCCUCGAGCAGCACACGACACCGAGUCGAGGACGCAGCCAGUAGUCACGUAGCGGUACCGCCUAUUGUGAUUUUUUAUCCACAACUGUGAUUUAUCUCUACCAUCACACGAUUAUAUUAAUUCGUGGUGGAAUAUAUAAAUCGUUACUUAACUCUCAUCGUAUAGAUUGUAGGCCUAAAUUUUUGAUCUCAUAUUCUAAUUUGCUUAGUGAUAACUUUCGGUAUCGUGAAUGGUGAAUCACCGACUUUAAAAUUCUAAAUUUUUAACGUUCAAUCGCUUGUCGUCCCCGUCUUCAUUAGUCGUAGUGAAUGUAACGAUAUCUUAUUGCGAUGCUUUAACUUAGAUCGUCUCAGUGUAGAGGAGUUCGAUAAUUUUAUAGAACUGUGUUACCGAUAUAAUGUGAAGUAUUUUGAACGGUGAGAAAUUUAAGGGACUCUUUAGGAUGAUACUUCCACCGAUCCGUAGAAACGCUUUAAUAAUGUGUGGUUCAUGUCUCAUAAUAAUAAAUGACAAGUACAAAUAAAAAAAAAAUGUCGCGGAGUCCUCGGAGGCAAUAAUAAAUAAGCUUCACAGAUUAAAUUUAAUAUGAUGUUUAUUGGAGUAAUCCAGAGAAGUGCCUGUUGCAACAUAAAUUUGGCAAUAUUUUUUAAUCGUAUUUCGUUCAUAAUGAAAUUACGUUUGGUGUUCUAAAUGUGUGUUCGCCGCGAGUGGCGCGGGUGUCGCGCGUUUGUUGGCGCAGCAUCCACCGCGUAUCAGUUGUGAAGCUUCUGGAACUUUGUGUGCCUUCUAGCAGAUAGCGAUGUUAGGCAGUAUGUUUAAUGCGUUUCAAAUAAGAAUACGAUCAAUUAUGCGCCUGCGCAUAUGUACAACUGAAUAUCUAUGCGUGUGAUGUGCAAAAAAAAAAAGUGUACAAAACAGGAAACUCAGAACUCGAUUGUAUGUUUACAAGCAUUGCCUAAAGGCAACGGCGGGGCAGGAACGUGAAUUCCUGGAUUUGCACGUUCGCCAACGUGAAAACAUUUCCGUGUAUCAAAACACCGUACCGUCAUAGCAAAGUGGGCCUAAUCUAAGUGGAAAUAGAUUCACAAAUUCUGUAUUACUGAUUUUAAUUAUACAAACGCUAUACAAAAAGCACUGUAGACGUAUUUAAGCUUAAAGUAAUAAGGAAAAGUUCCAUUUGUCCUUGACGCUUCAGAGAUUCGGUACUCGUAAAUGACUUCUCGAUGGCUAGCGUACCAAUCUAAAAAACAGGCACACAAAUACAAAAUGGCGUCUCAUGUGUUAGUGACAUGAGUUAACGUGACGACGGAAACAUUAUCAGAAUCGAAUAAGGGCGUCAAACUUAAUUUUUUGUAUUUAAAUAAUAGUUCUUUUAACAUUUUUUUGGUUAGUAUUUAUGCUAGCGCUAUUUUUACUUUGCUGUCAGUAUGAAGUUAGUCACGGGUCCAGUCGUAUUCUUAUUUGAAGCGAAAAAUAUCAAUCAUAUAACAUCAUUGAAGACGCUUCGUUUUGUUCACUCGUCUCGACCUCAUUUGCGUAGUUACGUUACGUUUCACAUAUUCAUGUUGUUUUUUCACUUAGGAUACUUUCAAAAUUGUUAUACUGUACUGUAUUUUUGGCUGAUGUUUAAGACUUAAUUACCGAUGCUUUUUAUUCGAAUAAUAGUAAUAACGUCUAGUGUAUAGUGCAGUAGUCUUCCAAAACCUUGAGACAAUGUUGUUUUUGCACGCAUAGUGCAAGUUCCGUGUCAGCUGCGGGGGGUUCCUUAGGUUUGCCAUUAUUGAUAUCAAAGAUAGAUUGGUGCCAUUUCUAUAUAAAUGAUAUGGUAGCGUAAGUUAAGUUAAGUUUGCAGGUCAGGGUAGAUGGAAAUAAAAUAUUGUAGAGAACUCGACUUCUCGUAGUGUUAUGUACCGACUUCUGAGCCACUGUUUUUUUUUUUUGUGUUUAACUUCUUAUUGAGUAUAUUGUUUUGUUUUCUGUUCACAUUGUUUUAUAUACAUUAUUUUAUUUCCACAAUGUGGUGUGUGUCCAUUGAGCCGAGGGUCGAAAUUGUAAAUAUUGGUAGGGUUUAUUUAUUCGAAUGAUAUGGAGUAAUACGAUUCAAAAUUAAGGUAAGAGCGUAAUAUGAUUUGUAGAACUGUUUUUCUUCUACAAUCAUAGAGUAUAUCGAACUGAAGAAAAAAAAAAAUUGGAAUUAAUCAUAGAGUAUUUAGCACAGAAGUAUACUUUUGGGUAUUAAAAUCAAAAUUUCCUUGUAGAUAUACUUACAUAAUGAUAAUAAUAAAUAUACAUAUGGAUGUUGUUUGAUAGUCCUCAAUAUUUUUUUAUAUUUUGAUAGUUCUGUAUUUGAAACACGAGAAAAUAGGCCAAUAUCUCAUUUAUCAUUUACAUACGAAAUGAAUAAUAUGUAUGUACACAAUACUUUAAGAUAAAGUAACAUGACGGAUGCAUUUAGUUCCCCAGAAAUUGAAAGUAUAAAAUUAGGAGUAGCGUCAAAAUAUAUUUUUCAUGUUUAUAAAAUCUUUUUUUAUUAAGUUUCUUACCAAGCCAUUGAGAACAGUAUUAUUUAGAGAAACUAGAAGUUUGGUUUAAAGCGUAGUGUAAAUCUUCAAUUACCAGAAAGGAACAGCCAUUGAAAAAAAAACGUUAUUUACCAAUAGUUUGUAGCAACAUUGUCAAGUGCCACGUGAUUGGUGUUUUUCAGUGUUGGUACCGUUGUAUUAUCCAUAGAUAUUAUGGGAAUAGAAACACCAACAUAGUGAACUAGGUACAUAAUAUAAAGUAUAUAAAUGUUUAUCGCCGCCCGUCAGACUCGGUGGGAAUUGUAUAUUCUUUGCGGAAUUAAUUGAAUUACUAUAAUGUGUUUUUUGUUGUUAUCUGUUCCGUCUUUAUCGAUUGUUUUCUUUAUUAUAUUAUAUGAUUGCAUCUAUCGUUGUCGAAUUCUCAUCUAGUCUGGAUGGGGGCCUAAAAAGAAGUGAUCCCGGUACGUUGCGAAAGGUGUUCCCGGUUUACAACCCUUAUUUACGCAUCGAGUAGGGUAAGGAGCACGAUUCGUAACUGAUCAGGAUCACGAGUAAACAGUUAAGACGCAUAAAUUAGUGAAGUAACCAUCUUUAAAAGGUUUUUUAGGGCUAGUCCUUAGUGGUUCAUGAAUUUGUGGGUCUUCUCUGCCCCAACUAUUUUACAUACCGAUGUUAGUUACUAUACAUUUAGAGGGUAAUAUUAAACUAUGUAUUUGAUUGAGUAUCCGCCGGAGCGAUAUGUUACACAUACUUCCUUUCUCCAGUUUUUUUUUCGACCGUAGAAAAGACUGAAUCAAUAAAAUGAUCCACAACUUUUUAUGUGUACUCGCGAAAAUUGUCAAACUGUUUAAGUCGUAUUUAUUUCUGUAUACAUAUAAAAUGUUCGGAGCGGUUGUGGUGUCGGACCAACCAGUUCACGUAACUCAUAACUUCGGUUGAAGAAAUCGUACAUAUCUUUAUCCUGAAUAUAAUGUAUAUGCGUCGCGGAGGCGGAGCAACGCUAGUCCGGGCCGAGAUGCAGUGUCUUGUCACUCGUCACAGUAAUGACCUUGGCACAUCAUAUCGACUCAACACUAACUCUACUCAAAUUAAGGCAUAGAAAUUUGAGCAUUGCAAGUGUCGUUUGAAAUGUAUGACGCUUGGCAGCUUUCAUACAAACGACGACCUACAAUGCAUACUAAGUGGGACACAUAGAUACAACGCCGGCAUAGUAAGAGGUCGCUAAGACGAAGUCCCCGAUCUUAGACGUCGUUCGUCCGAACGUGGCUCUCCUUCAACAGUUCGGGCUAAACUCUGAAAACCCUUACAGUCCAAAAGUCAGUCUAACUCAAGGGCCGAACGUCCCAGAUGUUAUCGAGUCCUGGGGAUCAACUCCGAGCUAGUGCGACUCCCAGGAUGAGGGCCCCGGUGACAAUCCUUCCGGAAUGCAAUAAACACAAACAUUUUUAAAAAGUUCGCUUUAUGUUACAUAAAAAUAAAGCUCACAUUCCAAUGCGUCAAUUUGAGUCGAGUCGAUGUUGAGUCGAGAUUGUGUGGGAAGGCCAUAAUCGUACGUCUAAGCUACAUAAUUAUUUAGUUCUAUCUUAUCGUUAGAUUUACGCAUACUUCCGCUUUGCCAACAUAAUUGCGUUGCUUACAUCAUAAUCAUACGAGAGUACAGCCUAAGGAUUUUAACUUUUUUUUUAUAUACUGAGAGCUAUUUCUAAGUCGCUGAUUUUUUACAAUUUGUAGAUGAACAUGUAUUGUUACCAACAAAUUAAGGCUUUUAGCCAGUCUCGACGCGUUUUGGAGUAUUUUACAUAUUAUGAUUAUAUUACACUUUUAAUUCCUAUUUAAUUAAAAGUCGACGAGCAAAAAUCAUGGCAUGAUUCUUUUUAAACUACGGUCAUUUAGUUAUAGCUCUGCAGAGUUUUUAUUGACCAAUAUUUUUAAACUACAACUGUUUCUCUUUUAUUGUUAAAAUUUUUAGGCUAGUUUAUAUUUUAUAUCAAAUAAGUUAGAUUUGUUAACUGUGGUGUAUUACAUUGCACGUGAAUAAAUAUCACCUUUACAGCCUCCUUUACAUCGGAUAUUGUUUCUUUAGUCUGAAUAGAUUGUGAUAAAUUAUUAUUAGUUAUAUAUUAAGCGGCUGAUAACACUUACGCACCAGCUAGUUAUAGAUACUAAGCGAUGAUCUAAUCAAAUACCGUUGGAUCAGUCCUUUAUUAUGUUAUAUUUUAUCCUAAUGAAUGUAUACGUUUAUUUCUGUUAAAGAAAAAUUGAUUAUAUUAUAUAAUUUCUUGAGACUGACCACAACGCUACAAGUAGGUAUAAAACCGCUCUAGGUGUUAUCAUCACCUUAAACUGAAAGCCUUCUAUAAUAUACUUUGAUAUUAUUGUUUAUCAAUAACUCCUACUCGAGUAUGCAACUUGUAUAACUUAGUAAAGAGGCUGUAAGGGAAAUUAUGUAGUCAGCAUUAUGUAUAUGCUUUAAUGUGAUUUUUUAAAUGUACUCUUUAUUAUAAUAGUAUCAUCUAUCAAUAUAAUUAGCGAACUAACAAAGCGAUUUUUAAAAUUUUUUUUAAGUUCAUAGUGAUUUAUAUUGAGAUCAAAAUAAAUACAGAGUUUAUUUAAUUUUAUGGAAAAUAUACAUUGUAAAAUUAUUAGUGCUCUUUUUGUAAGGGCUCUAUUAAAAAGAAAACUAUAUGAAUGCAAAAUAACAAGUCACGAUUCUUUUAGAGGUCGCCAUGUAGUGGAGAAAAAUAAACGUGCCAUGAUAUUUGUGGCUA